AUGGGAUCAUGGGUAGCCAUCAAUGGUCUGUGGGUGGAGCUUCCUCUGGUUGUCCCGGAGAUCCCAGAGGGUUGGUAUCUGCCGUCCUACCUGACUGUCCUCAUCCAGAUGGCAAACAUCGGCCCUCUAUUCAUCACCCUCAUGCACCGCUUUCGCCCUGGGACCAUAGACGAACGGCCCGUCGUCUACAUCAUUGUUGUGUUGGUUGAUUGUACCUCCUCCGUCACCUUCCUGCCCUUCAUGAUGCGUUUACACCCACAAUACCUCACCACAUACUUCGCAGGAGAAGGCCUCAGCGGUCUUGUGCCUGCUUUGGUGGCUCUGAUCCAAGAACAAAAACCGAUGCUGAGCCCCCAGGAAAUGCCCCAGUGGCAGCCCCGCAGCUUGUUUGGCAGGGGCACCUAUAGUAACUUUGAGGUGGUGUUUAUCUUUGUUCUACUUGCCUGGGUCAAUGCUUUGACCAAUGCAGUGCUGCCCUCAGUUCAGUCCUACUCGUGCCUGCCUUAUGGGAACCAAACAUACCAUCUGGCCGCCACCAUGGCAGCUGUUGCUAAUCCUGUGGCCUGCUUCAUCGCCAUGUUUCUACCCAAGAGGUCUCUUGUUUUAAUGGGCGUCUUCACCUUGUUUGGGACUGGGUUUGGUGCCUACAUCAUGGCAAUGGCAGCACUGAGUCCAUGUCCUUGGCUGGUUUACAGCACAAAUGGAGGUGUUCUCAUAGUUUUGGCAUGGAUCCUGUUUGUCUUGACGUUAUCAUAUGUGAAGAGAAGGAGUGUUCCUGCUCUAACGGUGUAUUGGAAAGCACGGCCUGCGAUCCUCCCUCACUGUGUCAAAGGUGGCUCUAUUUUGGUCGUCGGGGGGUGCACGGCCUGGGCCUGCCUUCUGUCUGUGUCAUGGGUGGAGCUGAACUCUCAUGGAAAAGUAGGCGUGCAGGACGGCAGGUGGUUCACAGGAGCGAGGCUCUGCUCCCAGGGCGAAGACUAA